AUGAAAGGACUACCACUGCAUCAAAGGACUACCACUGCAUGGAAUGGGGCGGAGGAGGACUUUGGUGAUGUGGAGGCGGCGGCGGAGGGGAUUGCGGCGAGUGGUAGCUGGGUGUUGGCGGCGGCGACAUUGUUGGUGCUGGCGGCGGGAGCUCACAUCCGGGCUUCGAUGGUGGAGGAGGCGGUGGCGGUGGAGUUGUGCAUGGAACUCGGCGGUCGCCAUUGA